CACAAAUUCAAUUCGCUUUCUCGAGUUGAGUCGCCAUUUUGCCGUCAUGUCAACAACUGCGCUAGUAGCAGCCUUCGUUUUAAUUACGUCACUUCUCCCGGAUGUCAAAAACAUUUUGAAUUUCGACUUGCAUUGGAAGACGUUUCAUUUCUGUCAGGCUACGCGUUUAAUCUUUUUAAAUAAAUAUCUUAAACGUCCCGAAUCAUUUGUGAUCACCCUGUAUAUAAAAUACAAUAUGCUUCUUACCUCAAAGUCUCCAUCUUCAAAGCAGGCAAAGGCCAAUAUUACGAAAUACAUAUCAGAUUAAUGGAGAUUAUUUCUUGAUUAUUGAUUAUAAACUGUGAAGAGGCGCUCAGAACAAGCUACGUCCAGUAAAUCACUUAUUAUCAGUGGUAACUGGGGAAAGCAGAGGCGCGGAUUAUAUUUUAUUAGAAUUAUUACCAUCUAUGAAAUCAGAAUAGGAAAUAAUAAUGCUUAUUCACAUACUCUACUAGAGACAAUUUCAGACCACGAAUAAUUAAGCCCCGGUAAUCGGCGAUCUACUGUAUUCGCCUGCAGUUAACGCAGAAUUGUUAAUUUUACAUCCAGAACGACUGAAACUCAACAAGCCCAAUCAACAUUUGUCUUCCACCAUAAAUGGGCAAAGUGAUUAGCAAAUUAAUUGAACACCUAAGACCUGACGUAAGAUUGGGGACUAGAUUCAAAUGGUUCAGGAUCGAGACCUGUGUCGGGCCUUGCAAAUACUAUAAUGAAUGACCUUUGGAUUCCAGUAAGAAGGAGAGAAUUUCUUGAACAGCUGACCGACUGCUGGCUUCACAAGGACUCUGCCUAACAUAGUUAGAAGAAAAUGUUAUCUGGACACUUCCACGCUUGUGAUUUUAGUUUGCUUCGAAUUCAACUCGUCGAUGUAUUCCUUGUACCGCGCUUGGCUGAUGAGAGCCGCAGUGGCUGCCGCCACCCUAGCCGCGCCACCGGAUGUCAUCAUCAACGUCGGCGGUAACAGUGGCGCUGUCCGUCCUACUUCACCGCCGAGACCUGCUUCUACCCAUCAGUUCGCGGCCCAUCGUGUCGUCUUGGCGUCUCACAGCGGCUACCUCAAGGCCCUUCUUACUGCAGCAACUUCCGGAAGCUCCAAUACCAUAACCAUUGCUGUCCCUAACGUCAGUCCUGAAGCCUUCGCUCCACUCCUUACCUUCAUGUACACAGGUUAUCUAGACGUAACGCACGAUAACAUCUACGGUGUUCUGCUAGCAACGCAUCUGCUUCAUAUGCCAAGAGCUCUGGACCUCUGCAGAGCCUUCCUUGUUCAAAAUCAACAACCACAAACACAAUCCUCGCUUUCAAGACAUCCCCCAUCCCCCACUUCCCUGCCCACGUUGGUGAAACCUAUCCCUAGUCGGAAAAUGUUACCAAUUCUGCUCGGUCUUGGUAACUUACCACCUCCCCCGCCCCCACCAGCACCCUUCUGGCCACCUCCGACGUAUCACCAUACAUUGCCAACGCCUCAACCACCUCAACUAAUGCUCCCAUCGGCAGACAACUCUCCUUUCAGGUCAGUCCUCCCAACAUCAAUGUCUCUAAAUAUAGUAGGAAGCCAAGAGAAUCACGAGCCAUUAAAAUUAUUACAACCUCCUCCAUCUGACUUCUGUGCCCAACCUCCAUCGCCACAACCCACUGGAAACAACACGAGACAACGCCCAAGAUCACCGCUAGCUAUACCAUCCACAUCGACUAGUCGAAGGACCAUCUUCUUUCACGAUGCAUCUCCAUCGACGCCAUCCAGCGUAUCGCCGUGUCUUUCCGGAACUUCAUUUUCUUCAGACGAUCAUAACGUGAACGACCCUCCAGCAGACAAACACAAAUCGAGAAAAGAACGAAGUCAACAUCAACAACUACCUCAGAAGAAAUAUCAACAGUCUUCUAAAAUAACAGCAUGCAAGAAACAGCAAUCCAAUGACUCCGGUGCCCAUGGAACCACAAACAGCAGCAACAGUAAAGUCAUCAUUGAUGUGGCAUGCUGCGAUGGUCCCGUGCGCUUUCAUCGAGUACUCAACGACAACUAUGGACUUACUCUCGAUGACAUCCUUGCUGGUGAUUCUCCAGAAGGAAAUUCCUCAAGGCAUAAUCCACCCCUUGAACCACCUCUACAAAAUAAUCAGGAACUGGGGACUGUUUCACACAUUCACAAACCUACAGCUUCAAACACAAGUCUUUCACAUCCACAAACAGAACUCAAAGAAGAAACUAAAAUAAACGGGAACGCAGAUCAACGAUUAAUGUCAACCGAAGUCAGUAAUGAACACACAAAAAGUGAAACACAGCAAAACACAAUACCAAAGCAACAAUCAGUAAUGAAUCUUAGUGAAUGUGAUGAUGGGGAAGCAGAAGGAACAGCGACAAAUUCAGAAGACAAAAAUAUAAUUAGUAACACGUCUGAACUUCAAGCCACCGACAGAAAUAACUCCAUCAAAGAAGCAAGUUCUGCAGCAAACCUCAGUGAUGGAAACACGUCUUCUUCAUCGGCUUCGGUCACGAGCGAGAGAGUUGGUGGUAGCCUAGAGACUGUUUACACUUGCCUGUACUGCAACCACACAUUCAAAAGCCAUUACUGCUAUCAGAAACAUGCUCGACGCCACAUCAAUCCGGUGACGAUUGACGUUUCACGACUAGCAGAAAGACUUGGGACCAAUAAAGGUGUAGAUGUGUGUAAGGUUGUUGGUUCUGAGAAGGAUAAGGCAAAUGGAAGUGGGGCUGUGCGUCGUGAAGUGCGUCUUCUUGACAUGAACGUGCAGUAUUACCCGUGCAAAACAUGUGGCUCCAAAUUCCCAAGUUACUAUUUUGUUCACAAGCAUCGGAAAAUGUGUCACGCUAACGAAGAAAGUGAAUCCGUUGUCGGAAGUGAAGAAUCGUGUUCACAAUCUCAGACAGCGACGUCUGUGUGAAGUCGGCUGAUGGGUAAAUGAAACGACUGUGAAUCGCAGAACAACAUAUAUUUUGAUUUUCCAAAUUGCAUUUCUAUUCCGUCAAGUUCCUGUGACAGGAAUUCUCUACAACAACAAUUCAUUCCUUCGUCCAUGAAACCUUCCACGUGAACAAAUAAUGUUAGCUAGACUAUGGCUGACAGAACUGUAACCACUCACCAGAAAAUAUUAUUUGACUUCAAUAAAGUGAUGAUCAGAAAUCUUUAAUUUCUAUUUGCUCAACAAUAUUGUAUUAAAUAUCGUACGCUUAUGUGCAGCAAACUUGUGAAUAUGUGAAAGCGAUAUGGUCAACAGAAUCCUGUAGCUCAGAAAUAAAAAUCUAAACCUAAAAUUCUGCGAUACAAAGUUACCUAUCAUUCUGUAAACCCCUCAAUGAGAAUUCCAAUUUGUUAAA